UCACUUAUAUAUAUGCACACUCAUAUCAUCCCACCAAAGCCAAAACAAGUCCACUCAUCCUCUCAUAUCAAUUCCUUACUUUCCUCUCGUUGCUUUUUGAUCUUCAUCACCUUUCCAGAAACCUUUCAUACUAGUUAGAUAGCCAUGGUUAUUCGAUUGCCCAGUAUUAUGCAUGCUAAGAACAUUCUCAGACGAUCAAACUCAUUUGGAAAGCAAGUACCAAAAGGCUAUAUUGCAAUAUAUGUUGGAGAGUGUGAAAGGAGGCGCUUUGUAAUUCCCAUAUCAUUUUUGAACCAGCCUUCAUUUCAAGAAUUGCUAAGUAGAGCUGAGGAAGAAUUUGGAUUUGAUCAUCCAAUGGGUGGUCUCACAAUUCCCUGCAGCGAAGACAUCUUCAAUGAUAUCGCUUCUCGCUUACAUGAAUUGUGAUAUGGCGCCACUAAGAUAAAACAGCUGUGACAAUUUUGUAUAUCUAUGAAAAAUUCUUUCUUUCUUUCUUUCUUUAGGCAAAAGAAGAGAUGGGGAAUGUCCAUCCACAAAAGAUGUUACAAGUAGAAAUACCAUAGUCCCUCUCACAUUCUC